AUGUCCCACUCAGUAAACUUCCGGCGUUCAGUUGCUCAGUACUCAUGCGGCUGUUGUGGGACUAAAGUCGACACUCUACAGGGAGUCCGCUCCCACAUCUCACAAUCUCGUAAAUGUCGAGACGCUCUCAACCAUCUCAACAACUCUAUUGUUCACUCGGAUUCUGACAUAACUCACCAUGAAGAUACUACUAUCUCUCCAAGUCCUCCAUCACCGCUUCUGCACACGGAAGCCCUUGAAGGUAAGCUUCCUCGCAUUGAUGUCAAACAAGCACAACCUGACAUCGCAGGCGUACCCCUAGCCCGUCCCAGGCAUGUGACUGUUGAAGAGGUUGAAGAUAUUGAAGCAGGCGGGCUGCCCAAGCAUCCAUGGGUUGGCGAGUUUCCAGCUGAGGUUGCCCGUGUGUAUGGCCAUGGGGAAACUGCAUUUGAACACCUCAGUAAAACCAAACGGCAGAAAGGGGAGACUUCAUUCGCACCUUUCGCCGACCGCGAUGAGUGGGAUCUUGCUAGCUGGCUGGUCAAGAGCGGCCUUAGUCAGAAAGCUAUGGAAGAGUAUCUCACCUUGCCCAUCACACGUAAUCGAACAUGCCUAUCUUACCGCAACAAGUAUACCUUUCUCAACAAGGUUGACGACCUACCAAGAGGUCCUGACUGGAUAUGCGAUGAGUGGGAGCUUAUCGGAGACGUUGCAGAUGAAGAUGGGGAGAUGAAAACGGAGGAACUAGAGCUUUGGCGACGCAACCCAGUUGAGUGUAUCCGAGAGCUGCUGGGAAACCCUGUCUUCCGAGACGCAGUGAGGUAUGCACCCGAGAAGCUGUUCUGCGACACCGCGGGAGACACACGCAUCUAUGAUGAGACAUGGACGGGUGAUUGGUGGUGGGACCUGCAGGGUGUUCUUCCUCCUGGUGCGACGAUUGCACCCGUUAUCCUAUCCUCCGACAAAACACAGCUCUCCCACUUCUCUGGCGACAAGCAGGCUUGGCCUUGCAUGCGAGCAAUCCUGGCUCCGCUUGUUGAAGCUGGGAAGGAUGGUGUUGAGAUGCUCUGCGCCGAUGGUGCGAUUCGCCGAGUGCACCCCAUUCUUGCUGCGUACAUUGCGGACCACCCCGAGCAAUGUCUUGUGUCUGGCUGCCAGGAGAACUUCUGCCCUAAGUGCACCACGCACUCUUCAGAAUUGGGCGACCCCGUGCAUUCUGUGAUGAAGGACCAGGCAUCAGUUUGGGAGAUCAUGCAGGAGCAGGCUGAGGGAGACGGUCCCACGGAAUUCAAGGCGCUCGGCCUGCGCCUCAUCGAUCCGUUUUGGCGCGAGCUUCCUCACUGUGACAUCUUCUCAUGCUUCACGCCCGACCUCCUGCACCAGCUCCAUAAAGGUGUGUUCAAGGACCAUACGGUGUCUUGGGCUACAGCGUGCCUGGACGGCGGUGUGGACGAGCUCGAUAGACGCUUCAAGGCGAUGCCUUCGCACCCUGGCCUCCGCCACUUUAAGCGGGGAAUCUCGCUUGUCUCUCAGUGGACUGGCACCGAGUACAAGCAUAUGGAGAAAGUUUUCGUCGGUGCCAUGACUGGCGGCAUCUCUGACCCUGAAGUCCUCCUUGCUGUUCGUGCGGUCCUCGACUUCAUCUAUUACGCGCACUUUGAGGCUCAUUCGGAUGACUCUCUUGCUUGUCUGGACGCUGCCUGGACCGCAUUCCACACCCAUAAGCACGUUUUCAUCCAAGAGGGUGUGCGCGAGCAUUUCAACAUUCCAAAGAUCCACUCUGCUCUUCAUUAUCUUCUCUCUAUCCGGAAGCUUGGUACAACUGAUGGCUACAACACUGAACACUCAGAACGGUUCCACAUCGACUAUGCCAAACGUGGGUACACAGCGUCGAACAAACGGGCAUUCAUCAAGCAGAUGACUGUUUGGCUUGACCGACAGGAAGCCAUCGACCGCUUUCAGGCCUACCUGGACUGGGCAGAGCCAUUGCUGUCGGGAUCUGACAAUGGAUGGGAAGAUGAAGAGGACGAGGACGGUGAUAUCAUAAUGGGUCACAGCGGCGGAGACAACAGAGGUGAGAAGCCCCCGCCCUAUAUGGUCGCAAAAACCCCUGGCCUCUCGGGCAUCACUGUCCAGCAACUCGAAAAAGACUUUGGUUGUACGAACUUCAUUGCACGACUCGAGGACUACCUCCGCACAGCGUCCAGAUCAAGACCUCUUCCCACUGCUGCCCAAUUCAUCCAUACAUCCUCUCGCUUCUCGCUGUACAAGCGUAUACAUGUCUUCUUGCCCCGACUCCGUCAAGUAGCUGCACGGUCUGUCAUCAAGGACACUAUCCGUGCCACACCUAUGCAGCCAGCACGUCCUCUCCAUCGAGCCGUUCCAGCACAUUUCGAUACUGUACUUGCCCAAGACCAUCCUGGAGAUCGUCACCCAGAGGACCACGCUGUUGAUGGACUAUGUGUUGCUCGCGUUCGAGCGAUUAUCCGGUUGCCAGAUGCAUAUGGCGAACACCUCACCAAGCAUCCUGUGGCAUAUGUUGAAUGGUUCACACCGCUGCGACAGCGUGAUCCCAGCACUGGUAUGUUCAAGGUCAAUGUAUCGACACGCAACCAUCGUCGACGGACCUCAAUCAUCCCUAUAACUCAGAUUGUACGUAGCUGUCAUUUGAUACCUAUGUGGGGCAAGCACGUAGACACGACAUGGACUAGUAGGAAUGUGUUGGAUAAGUGCAAGAAGUUUUACGUUAACUCAUACCUACGGCACCACGAUUUUGUGUUCUUGCGAUACCUGCAAGAAAAGUAG